GUUUCAUAAUUAAGGUCACUAUUAGGGAAUCGUAAAAUAUAAUAACGUGUCUGAAACUACGAAAUAUAAAUACGAUAAAAGCAAUAUCUGUCUAUAGAUUCCCCGUUGAGUCGUUUGCAGAGGCAGUAAAAUCUAUAAAAAUGGCUGCUGGACCGUAUAAUUACUCUUACAUAUUUAAAUAUAUAAUAAUUGGAGAUAUGGGAGUUGGAAAAUCAUGUCUUCUCCAUCAAUUUACCGAAAAGAAAUUCAUGGCCGAUUGUCCACAUACAAUUGGUGUGGAAUUUGGUACGAGGAUAAUUGAAGUAGCUGGACAAAAGAUUAAGCUGCAAAUUUGGGACACUGCAGGCCAAGAAAGAUUUCGUGCAGUUACAAGGAGUUAUUACAGAGGAGCAGCCGGAGCAUUGAUGGUUUAUGAUAUUACAAGGAGAACAACAUAUAACCAUUUAUCUAGUUGGCUUACUGACGCCAGGAACCUAACGAAUCCAAACACAGUCAUUUUCUUGAUUGGAAAUAAAUCUGAUUUAGACGCUCAGCGCGAUGUAACAUAUGACGAAGCAAAACAGUUUGCUGAAGAAAACGGUCUUAUGUUUUUAGAAUGCAGCGCUAAAACUGGAGAAAACGUUGAAGAUGCAUUUUUGGAUACAGCGAAGAAGAUUUAUAAAAAUAUUCAAGAUGGAAGCUUGGACUUGAAUGCAGCAGAAAGUGGUGUGCAACAUAAACCCUCGAACGGACCACGUGGAGCCAAUCUUGGUGGUGAAAGUUCUGGCAAUAAGGAUCCGUGUUCGUGUUAG